GUGCUGCCCAGGCAGACCUGUGGGCUGUUCACCCAUACCAUCUUCUACAACGAAUACCCAGGAGGCUCCAAGGAGCUGGACAAGAGCAUCAGAGGAGGAGAGCUCUUCCUCACCGUCCUCCUCAACCCUAUCAGCAUCUUCAUGACCCACCUGUCCAACUACGGCAAUGACCGGCUGGGUCUCUACACCUUUGAGUCUCUUGUGAAGUUUGUCCAGUGUUGGACCAACCUCCAGCUGCAGACGCUGCCCCCCGUCCACCUGGCCGAGAAAUACUUCCAGAUUUUCCCCGAGGAGAGAGACCCUCUCUGGCAGAACCCUUGUCAUGAUAAGAGACACAAAGAUAUCUGGUCUAAAGAAAAGACUUGUGACCGACUGCCCAAGUUUCUCGUCAUUGGACCACAGAAAACAGGCACUACAGCGCUUCAUUCCUUCCUGAGCCUCCACCCAGCAGUCACCAGCUCCUUUCCCAGCCCCAACACCUUUGAGGAGAUCCAGUUCUUCAGUGGAGCAAACUAUGACAACGGGAUUGACUGGUACAUGGACUUCUUCCCAUUCCCUUCCAAUGUCAGCACAGAUUUCAUGUUUGAAAAGAGUGCCAACUACUUUGACACAGAGGCGGCUCCUAAGAGAGCUGCUGCGCUGCUGCCCAGAGCCAAGAUCCUGGCUGUGCUCAUCAACCCGGCAGACAGGGCCUACUCCUGGUACCAGGUGAGACCAGCACACACUCAGCAGGGCCCUGACACCCACUGUGCAGGGUCCUGACACUCACUGUGUGUCCCACUGUGCAGGGUCCUGACAUUCACUGUGUGUCCCACUGUGCAGGGUCCUGACACCCACUGUGUGUGUCAAGUCCUUCAGGGUUUUGGCCUGUAUCAGUGAUUUAGCCUGACUUGAGAGGCUGGAGGGCAACAGAGGACACUUGG